AUGAGUUUUGAAGUGCCUCAUCGCAUGCGAUUUGAUUUAAUGGCGUCACAUUUGGCCACCUUUCCCUUUGUCACACACUACAACUUUUCCGCAUUGGAGGCACAGGAACAGCAGCAGGCACAACAACAGGAACAACAACAACAACAACAACAAACACAAAAUCGAACCUUCCGAGAGCAAUUCUUGCUCGAUUCCAUACGAGGGCUCCAAAUACGGCAACAAGUCGAACCAUCCCUGGUCAAUCACAUUGGAUAUUACAGUGAACGGAUGCUGGUGACAGAAAAUGGGCGCUUUUCACAAUUGAAUACUGACGUACGCUUCAUGCUAGAUGCCGGGACGUAG